AUGGACAUAUCCUUAUCUCCAAUAUCAACAACAAUAUCAUUAAAAGAAGAGGAUAUAUCAAUACCUACACCACCACUACCAGCUUUAACCUCUAUAAUUAUUGAGAUUUGUAAUAAAUUUUUGUUCAAUCAUACAAAAAAGCCCACAUUAUUUUUGUUAAUGUUUAAUGAAUAUUGUGAUUUGUUACUUUUUGCUUUGGAAGUUAAUGGAAGUUUUGCUUGGAAAGAACAACAAAAACAAAUAAAAGAAAACGAAAAACAACAAUACACUCUAUUGUUAGAAAAUUCUGAAAAAAUAUUAUUUGAAUAUUUAUUAAAUUCUUCAGUAAUUUCCUCAACAUUUCCUAGAGGAUUUAAUUUUCAAAUAAAAAAUAAAUUAAAAGAAAAAUGGGAAAUGUUCAAUCAGUUUUUGUUAAACAAAAAUAAGAAUAAAGAUAAUUAUUUAAAUUUAUUGCCUGAUUUAAGUGAAGAAAUUAAUUUAAAAGAAGAAAAUGUUGAUGUUUGUGGUUGUAAAUUAAUUUUAAAAAAUUGGUUAGAUAAAGGGAAAUUGUUGGAGAAAAUUAAUGAUAGAACAAUUGAAUUUGAUUUAUUAAAACAAAAACCGCCAUGGUUUGAAAAACCCCCAAUAGAUCAAAUAUUGUCAUACAAUUUAUUAAAUAUUUUGGAAAUGCUAAUAUCUUCUAUACUUCCUAAAAUUUCAAAUGAAAAUUUAUUUUUAUUUGCUAAUUCUGAUUUAUGUGUUAUAUUAGCAGAGAAUAUAGCCGAUUUUCUUGAGCGUAUUUCUAAUGAAAUUGGUUUAACCUUUGCGCCAUUUUGUAUUAUAUCUAUUAUUUUAUCCAAAUUUGAACGUUGUAUUUCUUUUUCCCUAACAAACAAUUCAACAAGAGCAAUCAAACAAUCCUUGGGGAUACUAAUAUGUUCACACCCUUUUAUCAACAAUUUAUUAUUAAAUUUGUUAUCAAAAAAUGAAGAUUUAUGGCUUUCUAGUUUAUUUAAAGGAUUGGCUAAUUUGUCUGUAAAAUGUGUGGCAAAGGGAGGGGCUCUAUCUUUAACUGGUUGUGCUAUUUUACAAAAACUUUUUGUUUAUUUAAAAAAUUUAAAGAGCAAAAGAAAUUCUAAUGUUAUCGUUUCUAUUGAAGAAAUUCUUGCUACAAAUAUUUGGUUAGCUAGUUGUUAUUCACUCUUUCCUGUUAGAAUCCUAAUUUCUAAAUUUAAUAUAAAUUCGAAUGAGGGUGAUAUGCGUGUCUCUUAUCGCCUUGGACUUACUCCUGAAGAGGUGGAGGAAAGUGUUAAUAAAGUUAGACAGCUGGCCAAUCAAUUAUUUCAAUUCCAAAACCAAAUUUCUUCAAAAAAUCAAGAAGAAAAUAGUUCAAUUAGUCCAAAUUUCCCUGGAAAAUUUGCCUAUUUAUUUUUACUCGAAAAUAAUAAAAAUGGGGGGAAGCUGUCUAUGGGUUUGGAUGAAUUAUUGGAUAGUUUAUUAUGUCAACAAUUAAUUAUUCAAAUAUCUACAGAAUUAAUAUUAUUUGAAAAUAAUAAUGAAUUAUUAAAAACUUUAAUUUUAAGUUAUUUGAAUGUUACAGUUGAAAUAUGUGAACAAUUUGAAGAACGUAAAGGAUUGGGGAAUCUUUUACAGAAAUUAACUGGUUAA